AUGCUCACUCCUCCUUCUACGCCCGCACGGGCAAAGCUCGAUGAUCAGUUUCCUUCGAGGCGGUCUCUGGAUGCUUCUCACUCUCGUGUCCAGGAACUGCACUUCACUCCUGACUUGUCACAAGCACAGUUGCUGGGUGAAGGCGUGUGGAGUAAGGUAUACAGCAGCCCAGCCCUGCCUUCUCGUCAGAGUGAAAGCGGGCGUCCUCUGACCCCACCAUCAACACCACACAGGAGUACCUUUGGAUCUUCUGAACAGUAUGCAAUCAAGACAGCAACACGCUCGGACGCAACUGGAGUCUUCCAAGCUGAAGCUCAGAUACUCACUCACAUUCAAACUUACGAAUCGAGUUCGGACUACGUGGUUCCCUUCCUCGGUCUAUGCACAGGAACACCGACUCCUUCUCUUCUCUUCCAACGUGCAGACUUCGGAACUCUAGAAUCCCUUCUCGAGUCCUCAUCCAACCUUCCCUCAUCAUCAACUCUGGAUCUCUUCCUCCACGUGUUACAGCGAUUAACCCACGGCCUUUACUUUCUGCACAACACAGCGAACACCAUCCACGCUGACAUCAAACCCGCCAACAUCCUCCUCUCAUCGAGUUAUGACUCAUUACCAACAGCCCGCUACGCAGACUUUAGCACCAGUUUCGUGGCUGACACUACACCAUCCUCACACUCAGGCGGCGGCACCUACUCCUUCAUGGCACCCGAACAACUCUCCCGCGAUGCUGAUCUCUCUAUCCCAACUUUCUCUUCGGACAUCUAUGCUCUAGGUAUCACUCUGCUAUCCUUCCUCUGUGGCGGCAACCCUUUCGAGUCCUUACUCAACAAUGGCUUUCGCCUCAGAGAAGCGGUAAAGAUGGGUGAUGCGAUGAGUUGGGCUAUGCAAGAACCUGCUUUUGAAGCCAGAGUUGAGCAAUUGCAAAAGGAGUGGCAGAGGAGAAGAGGCGAAGGAAACAUAUUGAGUCUUGUGGCUUGCGCGUUGAGGAAGAAGAGGGAAGACAGAGUUGAUGCUGGGGCUUGGUGUAGGAAAGUUGAUGCGUUGGUUGGGAAGUUGAGCAAGGUGGAGUCGGUAGGGUUGGGGAUCAGAUGUUGA